UGUUCGUUUGGCAGCGCCCACGCAUGAGAAAGUUCCCGGGCCGGGGAUCGAACCCCUGUGUGUCAUUAAUUUCCGCUUAGGCACGGGCUACGAAUGGCCAGCCACAACAAAGAUGGCGGCAGCGGCUUCACACCGCCAAAGCGGCGCCAUUCGUCAACGAGCGCGAUGUAUCACUUAGUUCCGGCCUACCCUUUUGACCUCACUUCCGGCCCCGGCAGGCAGUGUGCGCCCCUGGGCGUGUGAAUGUACUGCCGUAGGUGUGUGGACUCUGAUUGGAGAGUCUGGUGGAAGGAAUCCGAAAGAAUGUGGGGCCGGCAGCAUGGAAAAGGAAGGAGGGAAGCCCGCGUCUGUUGUCGCAGUUGUGACUGAACCUCGGUUUACGCAGCGGUACAGGGAGUAUCUCGAGAAGCAGAAACUCCUGGAUAGACAGCACCGUGUGGAAAAGAUGCCUGAUGGUACCGUGGCGCUACCGGUGCUGGGAGAGGCCCUCUCUGAGCAGCACCUGCGAGAGCUGAGGGAUCGUGUGGCUCCAGGCAGCACCUGUGUGCUAACGCAGCUCCUGCAUCCGGUUCCUUCAAAGAAGACCCAGGGUUGUUCACCUGCCCAAAGGUUGUGUCUUGAGGUGAGUCGCUGGGCAGAGAGCCGCGGAGUUACGUGGUCAGCGGAAUUGGAGGCUGAUCUGCCCCGAUCUUGGCAGCGACACGGUGACCUCUUGUUGCUGAGUGAGGGCUGUUUCCAAGCCAAGCAAUGGAGAAAUCUGGAACCAGAACUCUGGGAGACUAUUGCCUCGGCACUUGGAGUCCGGCGUUUGGCCAAACGAGGGCGGAUAUCACCCGAUGGCACUAGAACUCCAGCUGUGAGUCUGCUGCUGGGCGACCAUGGCUGGGUAGAGCAUGUGGAUAAUGGGAUCCGGUAUAAGUUUGACGUAACUCAAUGCAUGUUCUCCUUCGGAAACAUCACCGAGAAGCUUCGUGUGGCAUCGCUGCCCUGUGCUGGAGAGGUGCUGGUGGAUCUCUAUGCGGGGAUUGGUUAUUUUACCUUGCCUUUCCUAGUUCAUGCUGGUGCUGCCUUCGUCCAUGCCUGUGAGUGGAACCCCCAUGCUGUAGUUGCGCUGAGAAAUAACCUUGAGCUCAAUGGAGUAGCAGAUCGGUGCCAAAUACACUUUGGGGAUAACAGAAAACUGAGGCUCUCAAACAUCGCAGACAGGGUGAACCUGGGGCUGAUUCCCAGCUCUGAAGAAGGCUGGCCUAUUGCCUGCCAAGUGCUAAGACUGGAUGCUGGAGGCAUUUUGCAUAUUCACCAAAAUGUGGAGUCUUUCCCGGGGAAGAAGCUCCAGCCUCCUGGAAGCAGUGAAACGGAAAAGGAAUAUUGGCCUUCUCUUCAGCAAAUUAUCACCAACCAGUUGAAAAAUGGAGCUGCUAGUGAUUGUAGGAGAAAAAUGCAAUCAGCGGCCAUCAAGCCAGAGUGGCAAAGGUGGGCGGAAGCUGCAGAAACUCGCCUUGCCACACUUCUUUGGCAGGUGCACGGGAAGCCAUGGAAAACACAAAUCCUGCACAUCCAGCUAGUGAAAUCCUAUGCUCCCCACGUGGAUCACAUAGUCCUGGAUCUGGAAUGCCGCCCCUGUCCUCUGGUUGGCUAGAGAAGUUGGAUCCUGAGCCAGGAGGAUCUACAUUGACAUGUCGUGAUGGUUAUCGUGAACUCCUCGUCAGUCAGCCUUUGGAGAAGAUGAACUACCAUUUCCCAACUUGCCUGUGAGGAACUGCUGUCCAUUCGCUUUACUAACAGCAGAAUGUCCUUAUUUUGAAAAGCCAUUCACUGGCGAAUUAGGAUCUUCUGUGCACUCUCGCCAUCAGGCUCUGCCGAAGGCCAGGGACAUAGAGGUGAGUAAAGCUGAGUCCUGCCCACGGUGGAGGCACCGUCUGGUAACAUGAACACAGAGGAAACAACGCAAUCCUGUGUACGUAGUGCACAUGUAGGAGCACAGGGGCUUUACAGGCACACAUAGGGGAGGCAGCCACCCACAUUUGGGAUUCUGUGUUGUGGGAGGUGAGGAGGGUGACUAGGAAGGUGGGAGCAGGGUUGGUUGCCUAAGCUGGGAGUUUUAGCGUGAGCAGGAGUUGUGUGUGAAUGAAAGAAAAUGAGGGCCCUGGAGGCUUUUUCUCCACUGAGUAUAUCCAUGUACGUUAUAGUUUUCUCUGAGCACUUGGUGGAUUGGCCUGAUCCAGAAGAGCCAUCUAAUGGAGCUAAGGAAAAAAGACGGAAGGGGUCAGGAGUCUCAGAAUCCUUGUUGCCUCAAUCCAGAACUUGGUAAAAGCUCUAAAGGUUUCCUUUGCAAGCAUCAGUAUUAGUUGCUGAUUAAUGUACUCACUUGAUGGAGAAGUUGUGAUUAAGAAACAAUAAUAAUGAUUUUAUAAAACUCCCUCAACUGUGAGGUGUUGUCUUCAUUAGCUGUAUAGUUUUAAUCAAUGAUAUGCAUGUAUUAACACAUGAAUACAAGGUAUACAUUUAAAAUAUAGAAAUAUGGAAACUUAAAAUAAUGAGAAACAAAUAAGUAGAAAAAGCAUUUUGGGCACACGUGCAAGAAAAAACACAAUAUGAGUUGUUCUGAAUAGCCUCAGAGUGCAGCCACUUUGCAUUGAGCAAGGCAUAAAACUAAACUAUUAUUUUAAGUGGUUAAAACUGUUUUCUUGUCUCUAAUAACACUUUUGAGCUUUGUUCUGGAAUAUAGUUAAGUUGCUUGGGAACAGUUUGAUCCUUUUGUCUUGCUUUUUUUUUUGGCCGCACCUGUGUAUAUGGAAUUCCCUGGGCCAGGGAUCAAACCUGAGCCUCAGCAGUGACCUGAGCACAGUAGAGGCAAUGAUGUACCCUUAUCCUACUGUGCCACAGCAGGAACUCUGGAAUCUUGCUUUUAAACGUUUGUUAGAGCAGCGUUUAGUCUAGGAUUGUUUUCCAUUAUUGAAGCAAGACCUUUCAAUUAUGCCUUUUUUUUGGGGGGGGGGGGGCG